AUGACGGAGGGAAGGCGAUGUCAGGUCCAUCUCCUGGACGACAGGAAACUGGAGCUCCUUGUCCAGCCCAAGUUGAUGGCAAAGGACCUCCUGGACCUGGUGGCCUCUCACUUCAACCUCAAGGAGAAGGAGUACUUUGGAAUUGCAUACACAGAUGAAACGGGCCAUUUUAGUUGGCUGCAGCUGGACCGCAGGGUAUUAGAACACGAAUUUCCCAAAAAAUCAGGACCCAUUGUCCUCUACUUCUGUGUCAGGUUCUACAUCGAGAGCAUAUCAUACUUGAAAGACAACGCCACCAUUGAGCUGUUUUUCCUCAACGCCAAGUCCAUCAUCUACAAGGAGCUCAUUGAAGUGGACAGCGAUGUCGUCUUUGAACUGGCUUCUUAUAUUCUCCAAGAGGCUAAAGGUGAUUUCACUAGUAACGACGCGACCAGGUCCGACCUAAAGAAGCUCCCUGCUCUUCCCACCCAAGCCCUAAAGGAGCACCCGUCCCUAGCUUACUGUGAGGAUCGUGUCAUCGAGCACUACAAGAAGCUCAGCGGGCAGUCCAGAGGGCAAGCUAUCGUAAACUACAUGAGCAUUGUGGAGUCCCUGCCCACAUAUGGAGUACAUUACUACGCUGUAAAGGAUAAGCAGGGGAUCCCCUGGUGGCUGGGACUCAGCUAUAAAGGCAUUUUUCAGUACGACCAUCAGGACAAAGUCAAGCCCAGAAAGGUGUUCCAAUGGCGUCAGCUGGAGAACCUCUACUUCCGAGAGAAGAAGUUCUCCGUGGAAGUUCAUGACCCCAGGAGUCGGGCGUCGGUGACGCGCCGGACAUUCGGCCACAGCGGCAUCGCCGUGCACACCUGGUACGCCUGCCCGGCCCUCAUCAAGUCCAUCUGGGCCAUGGCUAUAAGCCAGCACCAGUUCUAUCUAGACCGCAAGCAGAGCAAGUCGAAGAUCCACGCGGCACGCAGUCUGAGCGAGAUCGCCAUCGACCUCACCGAAACGGGAACGCUGAAAACGUCCAAACUGGCUAACAUGGGCAGCAAAGGCAAGAUUAUCAGUGGAAGCAGUGGCAGUCUGCUUUCCUCAGGCUCUCAGGAAUCGGACAGCUCGCAAACAGCCAAAAAGGACAUGCUAGCAGCGUUGAGGGCCCGCCAGGAAGCUCUGGAGGAGACGCUGAAGCAGAGGCUUGAGGAGCUCAAGAACAUCUGCAUCAGAGAGGCUGAGCUGACUGGAAAACUUCCCAAGGAAUACCCACUGGAUCCUGGAGAGGAAGCUCCCACAGUGCGGCGAAAGAUCGGCACUGCCUUCAAACUGGACGAACAGAAGAUUCUUCCAAAGGGAGAGGAAGAGGAACUGGAGCGGCUGGAGCGGGAGUUCGCCAUUCAGUCGCAGAUAACCGAAGCUGCCCGUCGCCUGGCCGGCGACCCGCACGUCAACAGCAAGAAGCUGAAAAAGCAGAGGAAGACGUCGUAUCUCAACGCCCUCAAGAAGCUGCAGGAGAUCGAGAAUUCCAUCAACGAAUAUCGGAUUCGCUCUGGAAAGAAACCCACUCAAAGGGCAUCGCUAAUAAUCGAAGAGGCCAACAUUGGCUCGGAAGAAAGUUCCCUAUCCGACGCUCUGGUCCUGGAUGACGACGACCCCCAGAUGACGGGGACGCCCAACUACUCGCCAAUAGCGUCGCCCCACAAGGGCCUCCCGCCGCGUCCUCCCUCCCACAGUCGUCCCCCUCCGCCGCAGUCCCUGGACGGGCUACGACAUCUGCAUUUCGGCCGCGGCGAUUACGAUAAAUCGCCAAUCAAGCCCAAAAUGUGGAGCGAGUCUUCACUCGACGAGCCAUACGAAAAAGUCAAGAAGCGCUCUUCUCACUCCAGUCACAGGAGAUUCCCGAGCUCCGGCAGCACGGAAGCGGGAGGUAGCAACUCUCUGCAGAGCAGCCCCAUCAGGAGCCUCCCUCAGUGGAACUCUCAGUCCAGCAUGCCGUCCACGCCGGACCUGAGGACACGGACGCCACACUACGUACAUUCCACCAGGUCAGUGGACAUCAGCCCCACACGUCUGCACAGCCUCGCUCAGCACUUUAGGAACCGCAGCUCCAGUUUGGAGUCCCAAGGCAAGCUCCUGACGUCGGACCCGGACGCGCACCCGCACGCGUUGGGUACGCUAGGAAGCCCGGACUUUUUCCUAGGCCCGGCGCGGAGCUCCAACGGCUCCGACCCGCUGGACGACUGCUCCUCUUGUACCAGCCAGAGCAGCUCGGAGCACUUCUACCCAGCCGGCGGGCCCUUGGCGCCCGGUAGCAACCCCAACUACUCCACCCUUGGGGAGGAUUCGCCUUCCAAAGCCAGGCAGAGGCAACGGCAGAGGCAUAGGUCGGCCGGUCACCUAGGGUCGUCCAAUUCGGGCUCCAUGCCAAAUCUAGCGGCUAAAAACGGUUCUGUCGGGGGUUCGGGCGGAAGCGGCGUCGGCGGGGGCCACCACGGCGUCUACCUUCACAGCCAGAGCCAGCCGUCCUCCCAGUACCGCAUCAAAGAGUACCCGCUUUACGUGGAGGGCAGCCCCAACCCGGUGGUGGUGCGCAGCCUGGAGAGUGACCAGGAGGGCCACUACAGCGUCAAGGCCCAGUUCAAGACCUCCAGCUCCUACACGGCGGGGGGACUGUACAAGGAGGCCUGGGGAGGGGAGGAGGGCGGCGAGGGCGGAGGCCGACUCACGCCGUCGCGCUCGCAGAUUGUACGGACUCCGUCGUUAGGGCGCGACGGCAGCGGCGGCGGAAGGGCGGCCGUGUCGGAGGAGCUGCGCUGCUGGUACCAGAGGUCGUCCGGGAGCUUGAAGGAGAGGAGUCACUCCCACUCGGGAUCCGAAACAGGCUCGCUCCGGGGCAGCCGCGUGGGAACGCUAGCCAAGGGUUCGCCAGCCGCGUCCCCUCACAGCCAGAGGAGUAUGACGCCCUCCAGCGAGCAAACGGCCACGCCGCCGUGCAGCCCGCAGCACAUCCUCAACUGGCAGAGCAGCGGGUCCUUCAGCGACAGCUGCUUCCUGGGCGGCCCUUCCUGUUCCGAUCUGGCGGACGUGCAGUGGUACAGACGCGACAAGGCCAAACCCGGAACCCUGGUCUGA